UAUUGAAAAAUCUAAGUGAAUUUUGAAUUUACUAUUCAGUCUUAUGAUGUCCCAACAUUUGGAGAGAGCCACAUGUGAAAAAUUAAUAACAAACAAAAGUAGAUAACAUAGGAACCAGACGGAUCAAAUAUUUUUACAAGUUGUGUUUGUUGGGAAAUGAAUGGAAAAUUUAGUUAUUUAAUUUGUUGUACAUAUUGUCUACAUUUAUACAUACAUCUUCAAAAAAGGAAAUUUGAGAAAAGGCCUGAACUAGUAUUUUACGGUGAAAACUAGUUAGGAGGAGUUCUUAGCAUUUAAGAAAAAAUUAGAAGAGAGAAGGAGAAAAGUUUUUAAGAACACCUCCAAUAAUUUUAAAAAAGAAUAUUAGUAUUAUAUUAUUUAUUUAUGUUUUAUUUUCUUUAAACUAGUUAAUUAUCCUUUUGAAUGACAUAUGUCAUUUUAAUACUUCAUAACUAAAAACUUUUGUCCAUUCUCUCUCUAAAUUUCAUUUCUUUUUUUUUAUUUUUCUUUAAUACUAAGAGCAACAUUAUCGCCGGGCCUUAACUGAAUCUUUAGGUAAAUUGGACCGAAAUUUUAAUCAAAAAGACGGAAAUAGCAACAUGGACCUUAAUUAAGGUGUUUUCGACAUGGUCCUUACUUCCACCUGGCAGCAUGCGAUUGGGUGCGGAGGUCGUGUAGGGAAAAGUCGCGUAGCGGUCUCCAAAUCAGUUUUCUCCUUCACCCGAUUCUCUCUCGAUGGCGACGGCGACGAAGAAACUUCUCGACAGCAUGUCCGGUGAUAUCUCUCUCGACGGCGAAACCUCUCCGUUCGCUCACUCGAAACCGAUCUAUUCUCUCAUCCAAACUUCUUUGUCGUUUCCAAUCUAAACGGUAUGUGUUCCUCCACUGUUAUGAGUUUAAUUUUUUUCCGUUAUGAAAUAUAGAGGAUGUCCUUGUUAUUGUCGAUCUACGAACUCCGCAUAGAUUGCAUGUUAACUUGAGGUCCAGUAGUUGUUAUUGUCAAAUUGCAUGUUAACUUGAUGUUUGUUAGAUUCGCUGAUGAUAUGACUGGCGUCUGUUGUAGUUCGUCUGUUCUGAGGCUAGUGGCUUUUUUUUCGUUAUGAGUUAUAGAGGAUGUCCUUGUUAUUGUCGAUGAUAUGAAUGUCGUUUCUGAUUGUAUGAAUGGCGUUUCUGAUUUUUUUUUCCUCUCUUAUUUGUUGUGAUGAUAUGAAUGUCGUUUCUGAUUGUAUGAAUGAUAUGAAUGUCGUUUCUGAUUUUUUUUCUCUCUCUUAUUUGUUGUGAUGAUAUGAAUGUCGUUUCUGAUUGUAUGGUUUGUGUUUGAUUAAAUCGAAUUGAGGUCGAGUAGUUGUUAUUGUUAGAUUGCAUAGUAACUUGUAGUUUGUUAGAUUCGCUAUCGGGGCUUUAUAAGUGAUAUCAGAGCUUGUUAGUCAUCUCAGUUCUGACCUGAGAGGCGUCUUGAGACCUGUCAUAGGGCGCAACGAGGACGUUGCGUUCUUUGAGAGGGGGUGAAUUGUAACAUCCCGAGCUGUGAUAUAUGGAAAAGCUUAAGAGAAUUGAUUUGGCUACCUCUGUCACCAAAGUUGACUUACCUUUUCCGUCACACAUCCGUAUAGAACUCCAGAGUUAAACAUGCUUGAGCUGGAGUAGUGGAAGGAUGGGCGACCUAUCAGGAUGAUUCGCGAUACCGUGUGAGUGAGGCCAAAACACGGGGAAAGUUUGGGUGGUGAUUGCAGGGUCAGUAAACAAUGAUUUCUGAUAUCUUGCAUAUUUACAUGGUUUUAACCAUCAUUUCUUGUACAUAAUGAUCAUGUAGAUUAGGAAUUAGGCAUCUUUAGGGUCCAUUUUGCAUACAUGGGUCUUUAUUAGGGGCUGGAGUGUGCUAUGGAUUUCUUGGAGGUGUUUAGAGACAUUUGUGGUGCAAAAGGGUGAAAGAUGAACAUGGAUGGAGACCUUAAAGAUAUAUUUUUGAAGCUCAUGUUUUGGGGUGACGUGUGAAAUUGAGUUAUCUUUCUAAUGGAAGUGGUUUCAAGUCAUUUGGAGCUGUAUUGGAGGAGUUAUUAUCGAUUUACUAGAGGCAUAUCAACCCUGACGCGGGUUGGACAAACUCGGGUUCCCUUACCCGGGCGCGAGAAGAGGAAGCUGGACGAGAGGGCCGACGCGGGUAGAUGGACGUGGGUUAGCUUACCCGAGCGGCCUCCCAGGAAGCUGGACAAGGAGCUGACGCGGGUUGGCCGACGCGGGUUGCGACCAUGGUAUCUACCCGGGUCGCGUCUUUACCUUGGCCGAAAAUCAACAUUUUUAAAGUGCAUUUUAGACUUAUCUAUGGAAACCAUUAGGUUUUCCAAAGACCAUAUAAAUACUCUUGUAAUUCCCAAGUUGGGACGAAUCUUCUUUUCCCAAAAAAGAACACAUAAAUCUCUUUAAAGAAAAUUUGGAUCUUGAAUCAUUUUCCAUCUAUAUUCUUUGUGUUUGUGUGAUUAUCUUGCUCUCUAAUCAUGUUUAACAUUGAAUCAUCUAUGGUUUUGGGGUUAUUCAUGUCUAUUAGUGAGUAGACUAAUCUUGGAUUCAUUGGCUAGGGUGAUUAAGGGUGAUUAGAGAAGAUCUAGGAUGUUUAGUGUUAGAUCUACUUGUUUUCUUGCUUGUUGAGGGUUUUCAAUGUUAUUUUCGUCAUGAUCAUACUAAAAUAGAUCUCUAGGCAUUUCUUGCCCACAAGGUGUAUGAUGAAUUGCCUUAACCAACUCUUCAAUGCUUUUAGCUUGCUUUACCUAAGAGAUUAGUUGCUAAAGGAGGUAAGAUUGAUAUUAGACUUGUUCUCCAUGUUUGCUUUAGUAACAUUCAACCUAAGAAAUUUGAUGCUUGAGUUGCUUUAGCAAAAGAAUAUUCAUCUAGAGAUAGAGCUUGUUUAGCUUAGUAUCUAGGCAUAAGGAAAGUGUUUGAUUGAUAGCUUGCCACCCUUAGAUUGGAUCUACAUCACCCAAGAUCAAAUGCCUAGCCCGUCCUCUUGUUUCAUAUUGAGAAAGAAAGAUCAUUAUUUUAUUGCAUUAGCUUAUUAAUUCUUAGUUCAUACCAUCUUUAAAACCGGAUUGCACUUAGCUUAAGCAUGAACUUGCAUUUCAUUUGCUUUAAAAUCACCUAGGAUUGGUUCGACAAUCUUUUAUACUACAACAUUUGAUUAAGAGCAUUGAAAACUCCUAACAUCAAUUUCGAGCCUUGGAAAAUUUACGCACCAGUUGAAACGGAAUGGAGUCCACGGGCCGAGAGAGCGGACGUGGGUAGCCCAUUAGCUGUGGGCGGUCGGGGAUUUAUAAAUAUUUGUGUUAACACCUUAUCAAUUUCAUAUAUAUAUACACUCUCUGGGACAGUCAUCCUCACAACUCAAUAUCACGCAUUAUCCCUCUCUCUUCUAGCUCUCUCUAUGGACGAACUAGAUGGAAAAAGAGAAACACAAGAUUUCAUGAACGUUGAAUCUUUCUCUCAACUUCCAUUCUUCCGUCGUCCUCCCUCCAAAUCUAAACCCAUUCGUCUAUUCGGCAAAUAUUUCACCGGCGGAGAUUACUUCGGUGAAGACCACUCCGAGACCAACAACAAAGAAGAUAAAGAAAAAGAUGAAGAAAACCAAACCGAAGAAAACGGUAAGGACAAUAGCAUAAACAACAACAGAAGAUUCGAGUGUCGCUAUUGUUUUAGAAACUUCCCUACUUCACAAGCCCUAGGUGGUCACCAAAACGCUCACAAACGAGAACGUCAGCUCGCCAAACGCAGUGCUUCCUCUUACUUUCAUCAUCCCGACGCUAAUCUCUACGGUUACAAUCACUACCCAUCCUGGAGCAGCGGGUCAUUACCUGCCGCUAGGUUCUAUGGUGCUGGACACACUUUCGGCACGUCAUCCUCCUAUGUCACACGACCGAUCAAUGGGAGUCCAUUUGGACUGUGGCGUGUACCGCCCUCGUCAGAGGCAGCGUUUACUAGUCAUCAUGACUCUUAUAAUAACUCGACUUCAUUGUUUUUGGCCGGUUCUCAACCGCAUCCACCGUUACAUGUGGGUGGCUCUUCCGCUCAGAACCGCAUGUCCUCAUACGGGCACGGUUUGAGCCCCAGUGUAAAAGAUAAUGUGAGUCUCGAUCUUCAUCUUUAACGUUACGAAGGAAGACAAACUAAAUGUCCAUUUUACUCAUCUUUUAACUAGUUCCGUUAGUAAGAUUUAAGAUUGUUGUGUAACUUAGGGAAAUAAAAACCAACAUGGUGUUUAGAUUUGUGAAUGAGAAAAGGCACGAUGUGUAGAUCUCAUGUUUACGUAAUUUAUUGGGCUAAGAGUUGAUAAUGUUCUUAACUUCAUCGAUGAUAAUAUUAAAUAAAAAACAAUUAUAUUUUUUCCAAACGUGCGUAAAUGAGAGAAGAAACUAUCGUUUCACGUGUCCACCACAAUUAUUGGCUUUGAAGUUUCAGCAUCAAACAUUAUUGUUUCGGGUGAAAUUCAGAGAAAUGGUCAGUCAUACUAAUAAAUAUUCAACUAAUAUCACUCAGCAAACAUAAACUUUCAACAAUAGGAUCAUAGAAUGUUAAUGAACACAAAGUUCUUUAUGUACAAUGGACUCAUCUCCAUGCCCUGGACUUGACAAAAAUUCUCCAUGCCCUGGUAAAAAAAAUGGAAACUCAAGAUUUUAACAAAACGAAAAAAAAACUCAAGAUGCGUAACUGAUGAUUAAUUGCGUAUGGGUACGUGAAGACAAUGGACAAGACAAAUGUGUAGAGAGAGACAAAGAGAGUGAAGUGGUCCAUCACAGAACAUGUACAAAUGUAGAGUUUGUGAUAGGGCUUUCUCAUCUGUCCCUGAUAUAUGUUACUAUUCUCUUUUUUCUUUGAAACACUAUGUUACUAUUCUCUUACCUUUGCACUUUCGAGUAAAAAAACAUAAACAAGAAGCUAAAGCAAAGAAAAAUUCCUCAAGCUUUCUACUUUUGUGUUUUGCUUUUCUUCUCUUAAUCUUCUUUUUGGCAAACAAAAGGAACUCGAGAAGUUGUGAAUUUGUGAUUCACAUACCGUAGACUCCACUUAACAGAUGCCAACCUGAAGGGGUCCGUCUUGCUGCAUUCAAAAGGACAUAUUUUGAUUUACGGCAUAUCUAUAUAUGCACUACAAGAUAUCAGACAAUGGCAAUGACCUAAAAUGGUUUCUACGACCAAAAAAACAUGAGAGAAACCUUAGAGCAUGUUUAUUGCUAAAAUCCAAGAUCCCUUCCUAAGUGGUUCUUAGUAAUUUUUAAACUAUUAAAAUUAAGAUAAGGGACUUUGGUAAGGGACACAUAAUUUAAGUGAUUUAUUGGUAGUCUCUUAAUUAAGGUCUUUAAAAAUUAAAAAAAAUAUUAAAUUUAUUUUUAAACAUAAAAUUUUAAACAAAGAUUAAAUUUAUUUAUUAAACAAAACAAAAUCAAACAUAACAUUUUAGAGGAGAGUUCCUAAAAUACAAACAUACAAACAAAUAUUACUAAAACAAACGAUAAUAAUUGAAAUGAGGCAUCGAAGCUCUGUUGUUGUCUUUAUCACGUCCAAAUUUACGCCAAAUAUGCUCAACCAAAUCACCUUUCAGUUGUUGAUGCGCUUGUCUGUCACGAAUUCUAGUUCGAACACCCAUCUGAUUGGCGAUAUUUGUAGGGAUAUCUGUAGAAUACGUGAAAUCGACAUGUGAACUUCCGAUGCCUUCUCCUUGUUGGAAAUCUGAAACAUCAUAUUGAGUGUAUGCAUCUCGUUCAUCUUCUACUAUCAUGUUAUGGAGUAUGAUACAUGCUCUCAUAAUCUUCCCAAUCUUGACUUUAUCCUAAGAAAGUGCUGGAUUUUUAACAAUGGCAAAUCGAGCUUGCAAAACUCCGAAAGCACGCUCGACAUCUUUUCAGACAGCUUCUUGACGUUGCGCAAAUAAAACGGCUUUUGGCCCUUGUGGAAUCAGAAUAGAUUGGAUAAAAUUUGCUCAUUUUGGAUAAAUACCAUCGGUGAGAUAGUAAGCCAAAUGGUACUCUCUUCGGUUGACCGAAAAAUUCACUUGCGGGGCUUGAACAUUUAUUAUGUCAUCAAAAACAGGUGAGCGAUCAAGUACAUUAAUAUCAUUUAAGGUACCUGGAGGUCCAAAAAAUGCAUGACAUAUCCAGAGAUCAUAUGAAGCAACCUCCUUUAAAACGAUAGUGGGUUUUCCCGAACCACGAGAAUAUUGCCCUUUCCAAGCGGUGGGACAAUUCUUCCACUCUCAAUGCAUACAAUCGAUGCUUCCUAUCAACCCGGAAAAUCCACGAAGCUCUCCAAUAUGAAGUAGACGUUGAAGAUCAGCCGGUGUUGGUCUUCUUAGGUACUCGUCGCCGAACAAAUUUAUUAUUGCUUCCACAAAAUUUUCCACACAUAACCGAGCAGUGGUUGCACCGAGCCUGAGGUAUUCGUCGACCGCAUCAAAAGAAGAACCAUAUGCCAUCACACGAAUAGCCGCCGUGCACUUUUGAAAUGUGGAGAGACCAAGCCUUCCGAGACCGUCUCUUUUUUGUCGAAAGAAAGGAACUUCAUUGGAGAGUCGAUCAACAAUACUCAUGAAAAUGGCUUGUUCAUUCUAAACCGUCGUCGAAAAAGAUUUUAAGGAUAUGUUGGACUAUCACUGAAAUAAUCAUUCCAUAAUCGCAUAUGGCCUUCUUCACGAUUUCUUUCAAUAAACACUCGUUUUUUCCUUGUCCUCCUUUCAUCUUCUUGCUCAGUAACCAGAUUCUCGAAAGUUUGAUACAAAUACUGAUCGAAAGCUUGAUCAAAAUACUGAUCGAAAGCUUCGUCAAUAGAAUUGUUUUACAAAAUAUGUAGAGAAUAGAAAAUGAUAUUAUUUUAGAAAAUAUGGAGAUGAGAUUGUAGAGAGAUGAGAAAAUGAGAUUGUUUAGAAAAUAUGGAGAAAAUAGAAAAUGAGAUUG